CCGCAAACCAGUCGACUUAAUAACAAGCCUACCCACUUUUUUACGUAACCAACCAACUUCCUUGUCUGUUGUUUACGGAAGUGUCGCGAUGAACGCGAACGGCUUCAAAUGUACUUUUAGGACCGAAUUUGAAAUUAUUUCCUAACAUUACAUCACAUGGCGGUCUUUGGCGUGGAGAUUCUUGUUCUUCUCGUCUGCCUGCUGUGCACCUGCGGCACCGCAGAGAAGUACCAACCGAACUGGGAGUCCAUCGACUCCAGGCCGCUGCCAGGCUGGUACGACCAGGCCAAGUUCGGCAUCUUCAUCCACUGGGGGGUCUUCUCUGUGCCCAGCUUCGGCAGCGAGUGGUUCUGGUGGUACUGGCAAGGUGCGAAAAAGAAGCCGUAUGUUGACUUCAUGCAGAAAAAUUACCCCCCCGACUUUAAGUACCAAGACUUUGCUCCACAAUUCACCGCCGAGUUCUUCGACGCCAAAGAAUGGACGGACAUCUUCGCCUCGUCGGGCGCCAAGUACAUCGUCCUGACCACCAAACACCACGAAGGUUUCACGCUGUGGGGCUCCAGCACCUCCUGGAACUGGAACGCCGUGGACGUCGGACCCAAGCGGGAUCUGGUGGCGGAGGUGGCCGGCGCCCUGCGGGACAACAGCGACCUGCGCCUGGGCCUCUACCACUCGCUGUUCGAGUGGUUCAAUCCGCUCUUCGAGAUGGACGCCGCCAACAACUUCACCACCAACCACUUCCCCGUCUUGAAAAGUCUUCCGGAGCUUUACGAGCUGGUGGUCAAGUACAAGCCGGACGUGCUGUGGUCUGACGGCGACGGAGACGGGCCGGACCAGUACUGGAACAGCACCGGAUUCCUAGCCUGGCUCUACAACGACAGUCCAGUCCGGGACACGGUGGUGACAAACGACCGCUGGGGUCGCGGCUCCAUUUGCAAGCACGGCGGCUACUACACCUGCUCCGACCGCUACCAGCCGGGCCACCUGCUGGCGCACAAGUGGGAGAACUGCAUGACCAUCGACCGCAAGUCAUGGGGCUACAGACGCAACGCCCCGCUCAGCGACUACCUCGCCAUCGAGCAGCUCGUGGCGUCCUUAGUAGAAACCGUGUCCUGCGGCGGGAACCUGCUGAUGAACGUGGGCCCCACGCUGGACGGAAGGAUCGCGCCCAUCUUGGAGGAGCGCCUGCGCCAGAUGGGCCGGUGGCUGGGGGUCAACGGCGAGGCCAUCUACAACAGCAGCGCCUGGCGGGCUCAGAACGACAGCGUCACGCCCGGCGUCUGGUACACGUCCAGACCGAGGGAAGAGCUCAUCUUUGCCAUUUUCCUCUCGUGGCCCCAAGAUGGCGCUUUAAUCCUGAGUGAACCUGAGGUCACACCUGGACACACUCAGGUGGCGCUCUUGGGGCACGGCCCCCUGCAGUGGGAGCCCACCAAGGCCGGAGGACUGCGGGUCAUCUUGCCCCAGCUGUCCUUCAGCCAGAUGCCCUGUCAGUGGGCCUGGACCCUCCGGCUGACGGGUGCCAGCUGAUGGACUGAAGACCACCCAAAUACUGGACUACAACGCAGUCUGACCACCCAAAUACUGGACUACAACGCAGUCUGACCACCCAAAUACUGGACUACAACGCAGUCUGACCACCCAAAUACUGGACUACAACACAGUCUGACCACCCAAAUACUGGACUACAACACAGUCUGACCACCCAAAUACUGGACUACAACACAGUCUGAUCACCCAAAUACUGGACUACAACACAGUCUGACCACCCAAAUACUGGACUACAACACAGUCUGACCACCCAAAUACUGGACUACAACGCAGUCUGACCACCCAAAUACUGGACUACAACACAGUCUGACCACCCAAAUACUGGACUACAACACAGUCUGACCACCCAAAUACUGGACUACAACGCAGUCUGACCACCCAAAUACUGGACUACAACACAGUCUGACCACCCAAAUACUGGACUACAACACAGUCUGACCACCCAAAUACUGGACUACAACACAGUCUGACCACCCAAAUACUGGACUACAAUGCAGUCUGACCACCCAAAUACUGGACUACAACACUGUCUGACCACCCAAAUACUGGACUACAACGCAGUCUGACCACGCAAAUACUGGACUACAACACAGUCUGACCACCCAAAUACUGGACUACAAUGCAGUCUGACCACCCAAAUACUGGACUACAACACUGUCUGACCACCCAAAUACUGGACUACAACACCCAAAUACUGGACUACAACACCCAAAUACUGGACUACAACACAGUCUGACCACCCAAAUACUGGACUACAACACCCAAAUACUGGACUACAACACAGUCUGACCACCCAAAUACUGGACUACAACGCAGUCUGACCACGCAAAUACUGGACUACAACACAGUCUGACCACCCAAAUACUGGACUACAAUGCAGUCUGACCACCCAAAUACUGGACUACAACGCAGUCUGACCACGCAAAUACUGGACUACAACACCCAAAUACUGGACUACAACACCCAAAUACUGGACUACAACACAGUCUGACCACCCAAAUACUGGACUACAACACCCAAAUACUGGACUACAACACCCAAAUACUGGACUACAACACAGUCUGACCACCCAAAUAC